UGAUAUAUAUAAAUUUUAUUGUUUAAAACGAUUUUAAUACUUUAAUUGAUUUCACCGUGAUGGCUAAACCGAAAACUGAUGAUGCUUCUGAAGAUGCAAAGAAGAUUGUAGAUGACGCUAAAAAUUUUAUUGAAAAAGCGAUAUCAGACAUUGGGAAAACUUCCGCAACAAAGCAACUAAUUUUAGGCACUGCGUCAGGAUGGAUAACUGGUUUCAUAACUAUGAAAAUUGGGAAGUUUGCUGCUGUCGGUAUAGGCGGAGGAGUCAUAUUGCUACAUAUAGCAAGCCAAAAAGGCUACAUUGAUAUUAACUGGGACAAAAUAAACAAGAGAGUUGAUAAAAUCAGUGACAAAAUUGAAAAGGAAGCAACAGGGAAAUCACCAGAUUGGUUUGAAAAAGUAGAACGAUUCGUGGAUCGAAAAAUGGAUAAAGCUGAAAAUUUACUGAAGAAAAAAGAAGUGAAAGCAAAACGUUGGUAUAAUAAUUUCACAGGAGAUGAUCAUUAUCGUGCGACCGAAACACACGUUUUUCUAGCAUCUUUUAUGGCAGGCAUGGCUGUUGGUCUAGUCUGUGGCAAAUAAAAAAAUGUGUCUAUUUCUAUUUUUCUUAAGUAGAAUAUGUUACACCAUUUUAAAUCCUCUUUAGCGCUAAACGUUAUAGGUCCUAUUAAUUUGAUACAUCUUAACUAUACAACAACAAUUUAUUAGGAUGCAUAUGAAUAUAUGUAUAAAUAAUUAUUAUUUAGUUAUACAGUGUGAUUAACAAACGUGCAAUGUUUAUAUUUUAGAUUAAUAAGUACACGUUUUAAAUAUUGUGUAAUAAAAAUAAUUAAUUUGUACUCUGUUAUAUUAAAAUAAUGUAAUCGCAGUAUUAUUUAAUUCGAAAUACUAAGUCAUUAAUUUUUCUAGAUGUUUAUUGUACACUAGAUAUUUUCUGCGGCUUCACUCGAAAUAAGGUAAUACACAAAUUACCCUAACUUAUUUAAAACGACUCGAAAUGUUUAAUUUAUAAUAUCUAUAAAUAAUUUCUUAAUAUAUAAUGUUAAUAAAUAAAUAUUUUUAUUGUACACCGGCUUCACCUGCCGAUAUCUUCCGUUCCUGUAAUAAUUACGGUAUCAGAUGUCUAAUCGGUACGUGAUUACAUAUAGCUACCUCCCUAUACAAUUUAAUUUAAGAUCUUGACAAAACUACGAUAAAAUUACUUAUUUAUAGUUGAGGUAUUAAGAUGUAAUCAUCCUAUGAAGGGGUUCAUGGAAUAAGUGCAUUUUAAUACCUAUAUUACAUGGAUUUUAAUAAACAGAUGGCAAUAUUUGUUUUACAUUAUGAUCUUGUUAAAAAAUAUCAAUGUAUCCUACUAUAAUUAUAUGUCGAAACUACAAACGACAAUAAAGAAAUG